AUGGGAGAGGAGAAACCAAAAUCAGCUGGAGUGUGGCCAACUGUGAAGCCCUUUGUUAAUGGUGGUGUUUCUGGUAUGCUUGCUACCUGUGUUAUCCAACCCAUUGAUAUGAUCAAGGUGAGAAUUCAAUUGGGUCAGGGUUCUGCGGCUGUGGUGACCAAGACCAUGCUAAAAAAUGAGGGAAUUGGUGCCUUCUACAAGGGUUUGUCUGCUGGGCUUCUUAGACAAGCUACGUAUACAACUGCCCGUCUUGGUUCAUUUAGGAUUUUGACAAACAAGGCAAUUGAGGCCAAUGAUGGGAAGCCAUUGCCGCUGUAUCAGAAGGCUCUGUGUGGUUUGACCGCGGGAGCCAUAGGAGCUUCUGUAGGCAGUCCUGCCGAUUUGGCACUUAUCCGCAUGCAGGCUGAUGCAACAUUGCCUGCUGCUCAGCGCAGGAAUUAUACAAAUGCAUUUCACGCCCUCUAUCGAAUUGUUGCCGAUGAAGGAGUUUUGGCCCUCUGGAAAGGUGCUGGCCCUACCGUUGUGAGGGCUAUGGCACUUAACAUGGGAAUGCUUGCUUCUUAUGAUCAAAGUGUGGAGUUUUUCCAGGAUAAUCUUGGUUUUGGCGAGGCUGCUACAGUGAUAGGGGCAAGUUCUGUAUCAGGGUUUUUUGCUGCUGCUUGCAGUUUACCAUUUGAUUAUGUCAAAACCCAAAUACAGAAAAUGCAGCCAGAUGCUACAGGGAAAUUUCCUUAUACUGGUUCUUUAGAUUGUGCCGCGAAAACGCUAAAAGCAGGAGGUCCUUUUAAAUUUUACACUGGAUUUCCCGUAUACUGUGUUAGAAUUGCACCUCAUGUCAUGAUGACGUGGAUAUUCCUGAACCAAAUUCAAAAAUUGGAGAAGAAGGCUGGAUUAUGA